UUCCUGCACAAGAAGGAGAACCCGGUGACCAUGGCGGUGGCCUCCUCCUUCCCGGGGCUCCUGCUCCCGGACCUCGUCCUGCUGGCCCGGCCCGUCCAAAGCAAGAAGCAGCCUCCGCGGCUGGAGCUCACCAGGCUGCUGCCGGCACAGCUGGUCCGCCUGUUUGUCCACAGCGAGGCCGGAUGGAGGCUGAAGCUCCGCCUGGCCUCCGGCCGCAGUUUCUACCUGAGGCUGGUGGCCGAGCCGGCCGAGGGCUGCCUCCUGUUCAACCGCUGGCGCUUCCUGAUCUUCCUGAUGCAGGGGCCCAUCCCGGCCUGGGCCCGGAGCCCCGACGAGCAGGCCGCCCAGGACGAGAGCGCCCCGAUGUCCGCAGCGGAGGCCCCCCCCAAACGGAAGGAGGUGGCCUUCCCUCCCCAGUACCCCGUCCCGAGGACCAAGGGGAGCCCGGGCUGGACCUGGGACAAAGCACUGCACUACCCUGGGCCGCUCUCCCAACUGAUGGACCAGCAGAGCGCCCCGGCCCUCCCGGAAGUGAUGUCGAGAGCGGAAGCCGCCCCCAUGUCCUUCCGGUCCCAGCAGAAGCUCCCAGUCAGGAGAGAAGAGCAGCAGAAAUCAGAGCCCACCCUUUUCAGGAGGAGCACCCCGGGGAGCCUAGUGGAAGUGGAAGGGCAGCCGAGAGUCACCAUCCGGACUCUGUUCUCCACAAUUUCCGGGUCUCACCUGUCUAAGGCUGCCUCACCAGCGGAGACGUCCUCUUCAGGGCCCUCCAGGCCACCCUCCCAAGAGCACCCCCAGGAGCCGGGCACUGCCAACAAGCUGCCGCUCCCCCAAGAGCAGCCGCAGCCCCAGGAGCUCCCCCAAGAGCAGCCGCAGCCCCAGGAGCUCCCCCAAGAGCAGCCGCAGCCCCAGGAGUUCCCCCAAGACCAGCCGCAGCCCCAGGAGCUCCCCCAAGACCAGCCGCAGCCCCAAGAGCUCCCCCAAGACCAGCCGCAGCCCCAGGAGCUCCCCCAAGACCAGCCGCAGCCCCAGGAGCUCCCCCAAGACCAGCCGCAGCCCCAGGAGCUCCCCCAAGAGCAGCCGCAGCCCCAGGAGCUCCCCCAAGACCAGCCGCAGCCCCAGGAGCUCCCCCAAGAGCAGCCGCAGCCCCAAGAGCUCCCCCAAGACCAGCCGCAGCCCCAGGAGCUCCCCCAAGAGCAGCCGCAGCCCCAGGAGCUCCCCCAAGACCAGCUGCAGCCCCAGGAGCUCCCCCAAGACCAGCUGCAGCCGCAGCCCCAAGAGGGCCCCCAAGAGAGGCGCCAUUCCAAGAGGCACCACCACCACUCAAAACACCACCACCACCAUUCAAAAUGGCAGCAGCUCCCCCAAGAGCAGCCACAGCCCCGAAGGCUGUGCAAAUGCCCGAGCAUGCAGGAGCCGCCACUGCGGGUUAAGGUUCGGGAAACCUUAGGGGAGCCCAGAACACUGGCCGAAGGUCUUUUAAAAAAAAUUGAGGCCUGGGAUGCCUGGCGGUUCGGGUGGGUCCGCUGCCAGCCUCCGGAAGCCGCCGGGGUCGCCACAGAGCAGCCCAAGGACAACCCGAGGGACGGUCCGGAGCCCACCCAGGCCUCACAGCCCUGCGCCAGUUUCAAGGCUCUGAGGAAGGCUAUCCAGAAGCCACCGAGCUGGCUCACCAGAGCAUGGCAACAGGGCAAAAAGGUGGUCUGCACCUGUACCAGGGGCUCCAGCUAAUCCCCUGCCCAGGCCACCUAACUGCAUUAGAUUUUUUUUUUUAUUUUUUUAAAAUAUAUUUUAUUUGAUUAUUUCCAAGCAUUAUUCAUUAAAGACAUAGAUCAUUUUCUUUUCCUCCCCCCACCCCCACCCCCCAUAGCCAAUGCGUAAGUCCACUGGUUAUUACAUGUUUUCUUGAUUUGAA